GCUGCUGCUGCGUGGAUGCGCCGCGUGAGAAGGGGAGAAGAGGAGAAGUUUACCCACAGACACGCGUGGAUCGCUGACAGAGACGAUGCCUUCCGCCUCUCAGCCGCCGUCUCACGCUGCUCCGUGGAUUUGCUGAUUCUUGAAAUUAUUCCUGCAAAUUAUUCCACGGGACCGAGAGAGGUUUUGAGCCAGAGGAUGCUCCCACAGGUUAUUCGGAUUCUCUGUGUCUUGUCUUUCUGCUUUUUCCAAGGAGGCUUUAUCAGACUGAGCUCCUGUAAGGAGGAGAUAAAGCCCCCCAGCAGGGCAGGACCACAGCUGUCGCCCUCUGACUUCUUGGACAAGCUCAUGGGAAAAACAUCAGGAUACGAUGCCCGCAUCAGACCCAACUUCAAAGGGCCUCCUGUGAAUGUCACCUGCAAUAUAUUCAUCAACAGCUUUGGUUCCAUUACAGAAACGACCAUGGACUACAGGCUCAAUGUGUUUCUACGUCAAAAAUGGAAUGACCCUCGAUUGGCGUACAGUGAAUAUCCAGAUGACUCUCUUGAUCUGGACCCGUCCAUGUUGGACUCCAUUUGGAAACCUGAUCUGUUCUUUGCAAACGAGAAAGGAGCCAACUUCCACGAGGUCACCACAGAUAACAAGUUGCUACGGAUUUUUCAAGAUGGCAGUGUGCUGUACAGUAUCAGGCUGACUCUUACCCUGUCCUGCCCUAUGGACUUGAAGAAUUUCCCCAUGGACAUUCAGACCUGUACCAUGCAGCUUGAAAGCUUUGGAUACACGAUGAAUGACUUGAUCUUUGAGUGGCUGUCUGAGAACCCAGUUCAGGUGGCUGAUGAUCUCACCCUUCCCCAAUUUGUGCUAAAAGAGGAGAAGGAUUUGGGCUACUGCACUAAGAACUACAACACGGGUAAAUUCACCUGCAUUGAGGUAAAAUUCCACCUGGAACGUCAAAUGGGCUACUACUUGAUCCAGAUGUACAUCCCUUCCCUCCUCAUCGUUAUCCUGUCCUGGGUUUCUUUUUGGAUAAACAUGGAUGCUGCACCAGCCAGAGUCGGCCUUGGAAUCACCACCGUGCUGACGAUGACCACACAGAGCAGUGGAUCCAGAGCCUCACUGCCCAAGGUAUCCUAUGUGAAGGCCAUCGACAUUUGGAUGGCGGUGUGCCUUCUGUUUGUGUUCGCGGCCCUGCUGGAGUACGCAGCAGUGAACUUUGUCUCCAGGCAGCACAAGGAGUUCAUCAGGCUGAGGAAAAAGCAGCGGCAGCAAAGAAUAGAAGAGGAACUGAUGAGGGAGAGCCGUGGGUUUUACUUCAGAGGUUAUGGACUGGGUCACUGCCUGCAGACCAAGGAUGGGACAGCCGUGGAGGGCGCCACUGUCUUCAGCCCUCCACCUCCAGUAACGUUCUGCGAUGGAGAGAUACUUCACAAGCGUUUUGUGGACCGAGCCAAGCGUAUUGACACCAUAUCAAGAGCAGUCUUUCCCUUGAGCUUUCUUAUAUUCAACAUCUUCUACUGGGUCACCUACAAAGUGCUGCGACAUGAGGACAUCCAUGCAAAUUUGUAAA